AUGGCGUUCACGCAUCUGCCAAACGAGCUCCUCCGAGAGAUCAUUAUACUUAGCUUACCAGAGAGCUUCGAGAAUCUGGCGUUGACCUGCAAGGAAAUAUUUGCGCUGUGCAGUCCAUUCAUUGCACACCACAGCAAACUUCGCUUGCACUUCCGACGGUUCAGGUACGGGUACCGACCAAGAAUGAAAGCAGACAUGCUCGUCACACGUCCCUAUCCAUUGCUGUCGGCAUACAUGUUCAUUGCCCAAAUUGCGAUUGAUCCGGUCGUUGCACGCCAUGUCCAGGAGGCGGACUUGUAUGCUGACAGUCAGCCUAAUCGAUACUGUGAAAAGUCAUUCCAAAAGCUAAAGGCGGAUGCUUGUUGUGAAGAAAAAGUGAUGAAACUACUUGCCGACUCUUCGUACUUGCAAGAGGCUGGCCUUGACUGGAGGGAAUAUUAUACCACAAUCAAAGAAGACUUCUACCAACGUCGCUACUCACAGUAUGCCGCUGCAUUUCUUCUCACGCUGCUCCCCAACGUCAAGAGCUUCACGCUACCCUGGCGAUGGGAGUCUCUCGAAGCCACCGAUAAGCUCAUCGAUGCCAUCAUUCUAAGAGCCAGACAGGCAAGUCCUCCUCAUGGCAGAGCUAGUAUUGCCCAAGUCACAGCGUUCACGUCCACGCGCAGUCUGCAUACGACAGCCGCGUUCCUGAGUCUGCCCCAAGUUCGACACUUAAAAUGCUCCCAAGGCUUCCGGCCUGUCAACAGUCAAGCUGAUUCAUUAUCUGCGUACCAGCACCCUAGACCCCUUGAAAAAAUUGAAGAAAUCGCCCUGGUCCACGCUACGUUUGACGAGGAAUCUAUGGCAGCCUUUCUUAGUCACACUCCAUGCCUCAAGUCGCUGCACUAUGCACAUUCAUCAGUACGCCCAUUUGUCCUCCAAGACUGGGAUUUUUGCGGAGUGAUUAAUGCAAUAGGAUGCCAGGUGGGCACCCACCUCGUCAAGCUCAGUAUCACUAUUGACACUUUACGCGACUGUGUUGUUCGUGGCAAAGCGUUAAUGCGUGGCUUUCAACGUCUCGAGAAGUUGCAGUUUCCCCUCGAGAUUGCAAUGAGCAAUCUUACCGCAUCUAUAUCAACAGAAUGCGAAAUAAAAUAUCCGGUGUUUUUUCUUUGCGACCUCGUACCCGCAUCAGUUUCAGAGCUAUCUCUGUUAUCAAGAGGGAAAGACCAGCAUGAAAGAGCUUUGGAAGCUAUGUUUCAUGAUUUUGCUGCCAAUAAGAAAUCCCAAGUCCCUGCUCUUCAGAAGAUAUAUCUGUCGCACCAUAGAGACGCAGAUAAUGCCUACAAGGAGCAAUGUGCAAAAGUAGCCAUAGAAGCCGAGGAGGCGAGCGUAAUUUUGCAUUUGAGAGACGAUUUCGCACCUCUACCAGAAUGGAACUAUAAACAUUAA